AUGAGGCCGGCUUUAGUGCUCCUUCAGUCACAUUGUCUCUUGUGUGUGUUUGGUGCUGUGGUUGUGCCCGUUGUCCUGGGCUCACUACCUCCUGCACUGCCAUGGCACGUCUCCUGCCCGGUCAGGUGUGUGUGUCAGAUCAAGCCAUGGUUCUCCCCUGAUUCUGUGUACCACGAAGCUCCCACCGUGGACUGCAAUGACCUGCUGUUGACUAAGCUCCCCUUACCCAUACCCCCAAACACACACACCCUGCGCCUGCAGAGCAACCUGCUGUCAGUGCUGGACACUGCAGUGCUGCAUGGACUCCCCAACCUCACCGACCUCGACCUCUCCCAGAAUCGCUUCAGUCAUGUCAGGACAGUAACCCAGAGCUCUUCCCUGCCCUCCCUGCUGUCCCUACACCUGGAGGAAAACCAUCUCAGCCACCUCCCUGAGGAUUCUUUCUCAUCACUGCCAGCUUUGCAGGAGCUCUUUCUCAGCCACAACAAUUUACAUUCGAUAGCACCUGGAGCCUUCAUUGGGCUGGACUCCUUACUCCGUCUCCAUAUUAACAACAACAGGCUCACCACUGUUGACCCACGGUGGUUCAGGGCUUUGCCUCACUUGGAAGUUCUUAUGCUUGGGGGCAACCCUGUGGAGGCCCUGCCUGAACGAGGCUUCAUUGCCCUAAAAUCCCUCCGAAGUCUUGUCCUUGGUGGUAUGGGUCUGAGGGGUUUGGCUGAAAAAGCGCUGGAAGGGCUGGAGGACCUAGAGAGCCUCUCAUUCUACGACAACCUUCUGACCAAAGUCCCAACUCAGGCCCUGAGAAGAGUGCCAGGAUUGAAGUUCCUUGACCUCAACAAGAACCGGAUCAAACUGAUAGAGACAGGAGACUUCCAAGAUAUGAUCCACCUGAAAGAGCUUGGUCUGAACAACAUGGAGGAGCUGGUGUCCAUUGAGAGAGCCGCCCUGGAGAACCUUCCAGAGCUCACCAAGCUCGAGAUCACCAACAACCCACGUCUAUCCUACAUUCAUCCCCAGGCUUUCCUCCAGCUGAGCAGGUUGGAGAGUCUAAUGCUCAACUCCAACUCUCUCAGCGCCCUGCACCAGCACAUCAUGCUCUCCCUGCCGAGUCUUCAGGAGGUCAGCUUACACUCCAACCCACUGCGAUGUGACUGCCUGUUUCACUGGGCCGCCAAGGAGACCUCCCAUCCUCACAUUGAGAAAAGCGUGCAGACAGAUGCACAAACAGCCCGGGUGGUGCGUUUCAUACAACCCCAGGCAACCGUAUGUUCUGAACCUCCAGAACUGAGAGCUCGGAGGGUGAGAGAUGUGACCUCAGGAGAGAUGUCGGCCUCCUGCCUCCCCAUGAUUCCUGCCAGCUCCCUGCCCUCCUAUGUAGGGGUGCGAGAAGGAGGAAAACUGGUUUUGCACUGCCGAGCUCUUGCAGAUCCACCGCCUGAACUGUACUGGGUGACCCCCUCUGGCCUGAAACUUAGUCCUCCAUCCAAAGGGGCACCGGUUCCCACACCCUGCAAGAGCCCGACAUCUUCCGAUGGAUUCAACCACACGUCUCCCUCCAGUGUUCCAGAUGAUGCUGCCUGUCAACCCUUCAAACACUACCAGGUACUGCCUGAGGGAACUCUGGAGAUCAGCAAGAUCACCCCCAGAGAGGCAGGAUUGUAUACUUGUGUGGCAGAGAAUGCACUAGGAGCAGAUACACGCAGUGUUACUGUGGGCGUGCACGACAGAAUGAAAAAAAGGAAGAGGGGGGCGGCUGCCAAUCUGAAGAAAUUUUUACAAUUUAGAGCGGAUGCCAGGUUGGAGGUGAGAGAAGUCGGAGAACACUUUGCUAUUCUUUCCUGGCAGAGCGGGCACAACCUUCCCUCCACCCGCCUAUCCUGGCAGGCCAUAUACUCCAACGCCCACACACCCACGUACACCACACGCAUCCUGGCUGGCACGCAGAGCUUCAACCUGACUCACCUGCAGGCAGAGACAUUUUACAGAGUGUGUCUGCAUUUAGGGAGCAGUGAGGUCGCCAAGCAUGCCAGCAGGAGACUAGGAGGGAGCAAAAAGCCCCAGUGUGUUUCAUUCAGGACGAAGGAUGUCCCAGAGCCUCAGCCCAGCCUGCAGCUCAACCCACAGCUGACCUCCACAGCAGUCACACUACUGCUCCUCGCGCUCAUACUGCUGCUGGCAGGCCAGGGCUGGGACACCGAGCCACGCGAAGGGGCAGGAAAGCAUCUCAAUACCCUCCAUCAGGAUAUCCAGUGUCCCAAGGCUGUGAUCAUCAAUCAAAAGACAAAAGGAAGCGACAGACAUGAGCCAAAUCUGAGUGAGAAACUGCUACUACAUCAGGACUGCUGA